AUGGGCGCCGAGGAGGACGCCGCCGCCCGCCGCGAGCGCCUCAAGGCCCUCCGCGCAGCCAAGGAGCUCCUCUCCACGCCCGACGGCGCCGCCCCCGCCCCCGGCCCCGCACCCGACGCGGACCAGCACUGCAUUAGGAAUGGUGAACAUGGGGCGACAGAAGAACAGGUGGACCAACCAGCAUUGCCAGGUGGUCCUGUGGAUGCACCCGAGGAUGCUUCCAAGGAGAACGUUAGCCCCACUAAGGAAUCUAAUGAGGUUGAAGACAAUGGGGAGGUACCACUGAAGUUCAGAAACUACCUUCCUCAUGAUGAGCGGCUCCGAGGUGGCAAGGUGGCUCCUCUGUCUCUUCCCAAGUUUGAAGAUCCGAUCGCUGCUGAUGCUGCUGAACCGAAGCAGCUGGAGAACCCCUUCGGGAACAUCGCCCCAAAGAACCCGAACUGGGACCUGAAACGAGAUGUGCAGAAGAGGAUCGACAAGCUGGAGAAGCGCACUCAGAAAGCUCUGGCGGAGAUUGCAUUGGAGCAGCAAAAGGAGAAAGAGGCGCUGGAGGAGGGAAGCGAUGCAGCUCAAGAGUGA